AGCGCCCAGCGCCCACCACCCACCAGCCCAUGCACAAGCAGCUGAAGCGUUUUUAUAAAUCCACCGCCCUUCAGCUCCUUCCCCGUUUUGCUGACAUCUCCUUCCCUCUCAUCCAUCCAUCCAUACAUCUUUCCGUCGUUUCUCGUUCGCCGUCGUCUCUCGCCUUCCUCUUGACGCCUCGCUCGCUAAACAGGCAUCCUCCUUCCCGGUAAAACACUCACACCUCGCUCUCCACACCUCCCACCGGCUUUACGUCAUCGUCGACCCUCCGACCGACCAGCAUAAACACACCCGCAACCGCAGCCGCCUCCCGAAAGCCAAAACGACACACAUUCACAUUCACAGCACGAGAACCAGCCACAUAAACACAAUGGGUGUCGGUCGCUUCUUCUGCGUCGCGCUGCCGUUCGCGCUCACCGUCGGCUCCAUCAUUUUCCUUCUUGUCGGUACUCUUGCUGGUGUCGCCGACAAGUCGCUGUACCUCUUCCGCCUGGAUACCGAGGACCUCACCCUCAGCGAUUCGAGCUUCGAUAACAUCAUCGACAACCUAAGCUCCCGCGCUGUCAAGACGAGUAACAUCACCGCCGCGGACCUCAACCUCGGCAAGUACUACGACAUCUCUUUGUGGAGCUACUGUGCCACGUCCUUGAAGGGCAAGCGAACAUGCGUCGACCCCAAGUUUAACUGGGCUGCCUCUGCUCUCAACACCACCUGGAUUGAGCACUUUGGCUCUGCUGCCGGUGUUCAGGUCGACAUUCCCGAUGAGAUCACCAGCGCUAUCAAGGCCUUCAACAAGGUCACCAAGUGGACCGAGAUCGCCUUCAUCGUUGCCUUGAUUGCCCUGGCUGUUGAGAUCGUCCUGGGUAUUUUCGCAAACUGCUCUACCAUCAUGUCUUGCUGUACCUGGAUCGUGGCCGGCAUUGCCUCCCUUCUCGUUUGCGCUGCUGCCGGUCUCGCCACUGCUACAGCUGCCGUUGUCGUUGGUGGUGUCGAGGCCUCUGCUAAGUGGUACGGCGUCAACGCUAAGAUCAAUACCACCUUCCUUGCCGUUGUCUGGAUCUCUGCUGCCUUCGCCAUCGGUGCCAGUCUCUUCUGGGUGUUCACCAUCUGCUGCUGCAAGCCUGAUCACCGCAGCAGCCGCAAGAACCGCCGCUCUGACGGCGAGAAGCUGCUUCCCACCAAGGGCUACGCUCCUCUCGGCGGCGACCAUGAGAUGACCAGCGGUAACUACUACAACCAGAACCAGUCUCAGUCUCAGUACGGCGCUCCCCGCGGCGCUCCUCGUUCUGACCUCGCUUACGAGCCCUACUCGCACCGCGCCUAAACAUGCCAGGCGUCAGUGCUUGAGCUCUAAACGACACGACUGGUGACUUGUUUACCGACCUUGAUGAUUUUGCAUUGCCGGCGUUGGGAUCUUAUUGGAUACUUGUGAAGGAUAGUAACAGAGAGUUGGAUCGGCCCUAGCGAUCAUGACGAACAUGACAAGGGAAUGCUUUUUGUAACGACAAGCAGUUGGGAACGGAUUGUAGAUCCGGGUUGGGCCAUGGAUGGGAAGAUGUCAGGAACGGCAUGAUACCUAAACUUGGGGGGACGGGAAUGAUUAAAUAUAGCUUCUUCUUCUUACUUCGCUGUAUGAUAUAACCUCAAUCAACGAAAUAUUUGUGGAUUCAAA